CAUUUCUUACCAAAAGCAUUCAUGGAUGCCACGGCCACCAAGGGACUUGGAGAUGUUAAUACCGUCGAUGUGCAUGCUACUAAAGAUCUUAUUGGCUUAGGUUACCGUUAUGUAGAUGUGAGGUCGGCAGAGGAGUUCAACAAGAGCCACAUCAAUAACGCUUUAAAUGUUCCUUACAUGUUCAUCACCCAAGAAGGAAGAGUGAAAAACCAUAACUUUCUCACACAAGUAGCUGCCAUUUGCAAGAAGGAGGAUCACUUAGUCGUGGGUUGCAAUAGCGGAGGCAGAUCACUUCGUGCUUGUGUUGAUCUUCUUAAUGCAGGCUAUGCACGUGUGACGAAUAUGGGAGGGGGUUACUCAGCAUGGGUGGACAGUGGCCUUGCUGGUGGUGACAAACCGGCAGAGGAGCUAAAGCCUAUUUGCAAGUUCCGCCCUUGAAAUGCUUACUUGUAUAUCUUAUUUGUAUAUUUAAGCCAAAGCUUUCGUGUGUUGUGCUUGCUGUGAUUAAGAUUUUUCGGAUUUGAGCAAAUGUGAAAGAAUGUAAAUAAAAAUUUAAAGUUUCCGGAAGAGGAAUGCUUGUAUUAUAUGACAAGAUUGGU